CACUCCUGCUUUGAAUCGCGGUUCCUGUUCCACGUUACUUCCCCAGCUGGGCAUGAACGGAGCAGGAGAGCCGGAUCCGGGCGGUGGGGGCUACAAAAGGCGUUAUAGAGCCUUAAAAAGGAGGCUCAAAUUCCUAAUUUAUGAGCAAGAAUGUUUCCAAGAAGAACUGAGAAAAGCACAAAGAAAACUCCUGAAAGUUUCACGGGAUAAAAGUUUCCUGCUUGAUCGCCUGCUCCAGUAUGAGAAUGUGGAUGAAGACUCCUCAGAUUCGGAAGCAACAGCCUCCUCAGACAACAGUGAUGGAGAGAUGCCGAAAGGGACGGAGCCUCAGUCCCUCAAGAGCUGAAUUCACCCACUUAUGCUCCCUUCCCCUCUGACUACUUGGCACUGGGGCCCGAACCUGUUCCCCCCCAGCCUGACAGCAACGCUACUCGCUCUGCCCGGCGGCCAGCAAGGCCCCACACACUCAAGGGAAAUUGCCCUGAUUGAGUGGAGUGAAUAAGAGCUAUGAUAAAAGAAGCAAGAUGCAUCUAUGCUUCAAACUUCAAAUUAACUUUGAACCCUGGUGCUGUCGUGGCUUGAGGCUUCUGUGAAACAUUCUGUGAAUAAUACUGCACGCCUACAGCAGAUAUUCACUCAUCGAAACUUGCUUUUUGAUUCUCGUGCUUUGGGCUACAGUCAUAAAAAGUUUCUAGAUGAAAGCGGAGCUGUGGCUGGGGUUGAUAAAGACGUUCAGCAUUAAGUUGUGAGAAAAUAAUCUUAUUGAUUUAUGGAAUUUUUUACCAUGCCUUCCAUCUUCGUGACUGGGCUGACAAAUACUAGGCUAUGUUUGUGUAAUAUGGUAUAUCAAAUCCGCAUUAGGUGGCCCACAGAGUAAAGUGAGGCAGGGAAUUCAGGGCGAAGGCAGGAGCUGUAGAGGUGUUGCUAGUAGUAACAUGGUCAGAUUAUUGGGCGCAUCACUGUUCUGCCUCUUGGGGAAGAUUUCUGGAGCAUAUGGCCCUAAGGCACCCAUUUUGCCCAUGAGGCCCAAAGCUGUUGAAAAAUGGUGGGAGAAUUGUUGGCACUUGGAAUGCUCUUGAGGGAUAUGGUGGAUCU